UUGAAAUUUUUCGGAGGUACGGACGUAGACUGUGUCUGGGAUAACUGCGGGUUGUUUAAUACAUUACGUACUGUGGGAGUUAUAAUAUUGAUUUGAAGACGACAUGGAGAAACGAGAGAACAUUUUCCUCAAGAAGAGUUUUGUAGCCAUUACCGGAGCCAGUAGAGGACUUGGUAGAUGCAUAACCCUGCAGUGUGCGGUCAAAUUCCACCCAAAUUCCGUCUUGGUAUUGAUGGCAAGGAAUGUGGAGGCUUUGAAAAGCGUCAGGACGGAAUUGAAAGCAACGACUCCCAAUAUUACGGUAUUAGUUCGACAGUAUGAUCAAGGAAAAACCGACGAAGGAUAUUUUAAUGGAAUAUUUGAUAGUCUGCUUACUGAAAACAAACUUUCAAAGGAUGAUUUUGAACAGGUAAUGCUUGUUCAUAACUGUGCUACAAGCGGUGACAAAGAAAAGACAGCGCUUCAGUUGUGUGACGCCGACCGCGUACGGUCUUACUAUGACAUAAAUCUGUGCGGCAUGAUUCUACUCAACACGAGCUUCUUCGCAACAUUUUGUGAUCCGUCACUAUCACGAGUCGUGGUCAAUAUAACGUCACUUGCUUCUCAGCGUCCAAUGCCGCCUCUACACCUUUACUGCGCAGGAAAAGCUGCCCGUGAUAUGUUCUUCCGAGUCCUUUCUGCCGAAGAACCAUCUAUUCGGGUUCUGACAUACGCCCCAGGUCCUAUCGACACAGACAUGAUGCGAGACAUGGAAGCAAAUGUAUCCUCAACAUCAUUUCGUAAAAUGAUCAAGGGCCUACGUGAGGACGGCAAGUUGCUUACACCAAAGGAAACUGCAGCCGACCUGAUACAGGUACUGGAGGACAACACCUUUGAUAACGCUGAAUACUUGAGCAACUAUGUCUAGAAAUGCUAACCAUAUACUAACAAAUAUUUACUGUCCGUCGUCCGUCAACUUUUCGUAAAAACCGCUUCUUGUCAUGAACUAUUGAGCGCAUUUCGACCAAAUUUGGUCUGAAUCAUCUGGGGGGGGGGGGGGGGGGGUCUGGCAUCCUAGGAGCAAGAAGCGGGGCCUAUAUAUAAGAAGGAAAGGUAACACAUUUUCAAAGUCUUAAAUGUUAAGUAUUUCCCCAUAUUCAAUGCAAUUUCCAGAUGAGCGAUACAUGCCCAGAGGGCCUCUUGUUACAUCAUUAGACAAUUUUGUGCAAGGGUAAUUUGAUACCGAAUUAUUUCGAACAGUAAAAAGGCCUAUAUCCAUUAAAAUUCAUAGUAGCUUACAAUUACUAUCAAUGUAUUCAUUGUAAUGAUAUAUAAUAUGUUGUUUAUUCGGAUAAGUGUUUAAUUAUGAUUCAGGUAUAUAUCAUAUAUAUAUAAAUCUUAAGUAGUUUUAACGACAAUCUUCUUACGUGUACGCAAAAGUAAUCAAUAAAAGAAACG